AUGUCCGACGAAACAACGCCAGUGACACCGCCCUCGACUGCUUUGUAUCCUACUCUGGUAACACCGCCAGAAUCGGGUAAUUCUAUUGAGGACCCCAUACUUAUAUCCGAUUCUGAUGAAUUGGAUGCCUCGGAUCGUCAGCUAUCCGAAAACAGUCCAUCGCCCUCCCCUCGGGCUGCCGCCAGAUUGCAACCCCGAAAGCUCCGGCGCUAUAUCCGAGAUGUAUCUUUUUCUGGAGGAGAUGCGAAAGUGGAAACGCUGGAUGAAGUCGAUAAUACGAGAGAAGUGAACGUAAAUAAUAGCGAUCUGGCUCACGACACACCUCAUAGGCCUCCCGAAUCGCCAAUGGACAGUCCAAAUGGCCGUACUGCUACGGAAAGCUGUGACACCGGACCAUCUCUUGCACGUACUCCCUCAACCCCCGAAGGAUCAAUGCCGAUUUGGAAGCUGGAACUCAAAAUCAAGGAGGUUAUCUUGAAGACCGCCACGGAAAAAGAAGGGCAAAAGCAAGGGCAUGCCUACUUAUACACAGAUCCGAGCAAUGAGGCAGGAUAUUUCAAACUGGGAAAAUCUGAAAGUCUAUUGCAGCGUGAAAAAAAGCACCGAAGUCAAUGCAAACAGCCCGCCUUCAAAGUGGUGGAUAUGGUACCCCGAGGAGACUCCGUUCCUUGGUUCAAACGUUUGGAGUCGCUGGCGCACGCUGAACUCGCCAACAUGAGGUAUUCAUUCGACUGCGCCUGCUGUACGCCCCACAAAGAAUACUUUACCGGAAGAGUGCAGGAGGCCUUAGAAAUCCUCAACUGCUGGUCCAGCUGGCUGCAGUGCAAUCCGUACGACGAGGAGUUCCAACUGUCUCCUUUCUGGAGGGAUAGACUUCGUCUUCUGGGAGGGAAAGCAUUUAGCCAUUUAAGGUGCCCCAACACUGAAUGUCUCUCCACCGCGGACAUUGGUUCAAGCUCAUGUCAAGCAUGUCUCAGGCUACGCUUGAAAGCAUGGACGGACGUAACAGACUCUGAUUAUAUCGAGUACGAAUGUCGCAUGAGGAUUGGCUGGGGGUUUCUCCGUCAAGUCAUGUACUAUAUGUGGCGGCGCUUUGGGAAUCGCACACUAAUUCUCAUUGACGGCUACGAGAAGAUGAUACGCCUAGCCGCUUUUUUGUGGGCCCCGAGGACUCAGUUGCGUCUCCUUUUGUUGUUGAUGUUUUGGCUCUGGUUCUCAAGCAACGCAACUCGCAAAUCCUUUUGGUACUAUAGCAUACCUUGCUUUUCGGCCUAUUGGAGUAUCAUGAAAGGAUUAGGCGACACUCCAAGUGACAGACAAUCGACAAAAGUGCAACCCAUUUCUCGGGCACCAGGCAAGAAGGCCAGUGGGAGAGCUUCGAAUUCGCCAGAACCCAAGAUCCUUCGUGACACAGUCAGUGAAGCAGAGAUUGCAGGACAAGAACCGCCCUCCAAAAGGCGCUCAGUGAGCGUCCAUGAACCUAUCAAUGUCUCAAGGAUUACCCGAGGCUAUGAAAGUGCCACUGCUGUCCAUGAAAUGUCUGAAACACCGAAAGCAGAGCACAACAGUGCAAACCCUUUCUUGACUCCGGACAGAGCGACAAGGACUGUCGGUAAAAGCAGCCCGAGAGCCGGUGCAAAACGACGAAAGAGCGAUGUCCGUUGA